GAAUGAAUCGUCAAAACAGUGAUAGCUUUGCAUUGCUUUACAAUUGAUUGAUAUUUCAAUGAAUUGUGUUUCAACUGAUCACUUGUUUUCGUCAUUUGUUUGCAUCGUUUCAAUACAUUUGACACUUAAGUCACACUUAAGACAUGAGUUGCCAUCAAUUGGUAACAUAAGUAGAGAUUAACACAUUGGAUGUGACCAUGAAUUCAGACAAUUGUGUGCCAAACGUAUCGGUGAUUCAGUUGCCAUCACUGGUCUAUAGAUUGUGUGCCAAACAUUUGGGUGAAGACAGCAAAGAAGAUGUGUCCAAAUACUGUAUGCUUUCGUUUCAAUUACUCGAAGCACCGAAAGCACCGUUAGAUGAAUGCAAUGAGUUUUAUGUGAUUCAGAAAAUCAAACAAAAACUUUCGCGUGAAUUCCGCGACGCAGAGAGUCUUAGAGUUGAAGAGUUAUAUCACAAACUGAAGCGAAGUUCGCACUUAUGUCGAAAUCCAAUGGCUUUACUCGAGUUUUUGUAUCACAUGUCCGGUACUACUGUUGAAGACUUGAGCGGUGAUUCACUUCCUUCGUUGACAACCAAUGGAUUAGAUCCGUUGACAAUACAACCGACGACAUCACUUUCUCCGAGCUCUCCAUUGCAUUCAAAUGGUGCCAUAAAUGGUGGACAUAUAUUUCAUGACAUCGCGAAACUAUUGCCAACAGACGAUUCCACGACUAUUAAUCAUUUUAUGAGUUCACCCAAUCGGCAAAUGAUGACAAAGAAAAGGCCGCAUACAAUACAUUUUGAUGCCAACAACUCAAAAGUCAUUGUCACUGAACAAGAGUUAAUACGCGAAAUAUUAUUUUCAUUUCAAGGACUCAAUGGAAAGAUAAUCCAAACGGACACUUCCAAAGACGGAAAGUUUGUAAUAAACAGUCAAUUUUAUAUACCGGCGUCACAGCAAAGAUUGGCGUUACGUCUAACUCAUAUGGGAUGGCUGUUCAAUAAAAUACAAAAGUUCUGCAAUUAUAUAUCAAAAGAGAAGUCAAAAGGACAUGUGUGUCAAUCAUUUGCUUCUGCACUUCAGGACGAGAUACUUGAAUAUUAUCGUUUGAUUACUGUAAUUGAAGAGCAAAUGCAUGACAGACGAUCCGAUAACAAUCCUCGCGUUACUUUACAUCGACUUCAAGUAUGGAGUUAUGACUCUUUCUUCAGACUCAAAGUGUUGGCCGCAUUGGUUGAACAAUGCAAACAUAAGACCGGCGGUGCUUUGGCCAGUGUUGUCUACCACGUUAUGAGACACGGAGACCCAAACAUCAGAGCUUGUUUAACACGAAUUCUCAAUCAAGUAGUGCUUCCAAUUAGACGUAUGUUAAGCCAAUGGAUAUUUCACGGAGAAUUAGAAGAUUAUUAUAAAGAGUUCUUUAUUGCAACCAAUCGGUUGGGUGUUACUCAUGCAUCACCACUCAGUUCUGCCUUUUGGCACGAAAGGUAUGUCAUAGUUAAGCAUCAUUUACCCGGAUUUAUAAGCAAAUCACAGGCCGAUAAAAUUGUUUCGACCGGAAAAGCUAUAUAUCUGUUACAUCAGGUCUGUCGUAAUGAAGUGUCAGUUCAUAUUCCCGGAUACUCUCAGAUGAAAGAGUCAUUUGAAAGCUCUAAUUUGGAGUCACUUUUUAACCGAAAACGACUUAAAAAUGAAGACAUUAACGACUUUCAUAUACUUUUAGAAACGGCUUAUAAAGAGAUAAGUCGGACGUCGCUUAAAAUUCUCAAUGAAAACUAUAGACUUCAGGACCACUUUAGAGGUCUGAGACAAUACAUGCUUUUAGGUCAGGGAGACUUUGUUAGACAUCUUAUGGAUGUUCUAUCACCACAUCUUAAUAAACCGGCAAAUAAGUUGGCCAGACAUGCAAUUGUACAGCUCCUGGAAAGUGCCAUUAGAGCGACAAACGCUCAGUUCGAUGAUCCAGAAAUUGUUAACCGAAUUGAUAUAUUGCUGUCAAACGAGUCAACCAUCAAUGACUUGGGUUGGGAUGUAUUUGCACUCACCUAUAGAAUUGAUGGUCCAAUAAGUACUAUAUUUACAAAUGAAAGCCAAAAAGCAUAUCCAAAGCUGUUCCGACAUCUCUGGAGAUCUAAAAGAAUGGAAUAUAUAUUGACUUCAAUUUGGAAAAAUUUGGUCUCUUAUAUGAAUUUACAGAAAGGUAUUCCUCGACUUAAAUUUGCUUUCAAUUCAAUUCAUAUGCUUUUGGCUGAAAUGAUUCACUUUAUUCGCCAAAUGGAGUAUUAUUUGACAUUUGAUGUGAUAGAGUGUGAGUGGACUCAUCUCCAGUUACAACUCGAGUCUGUGCCAGACGUUGAUUGUCUAAUCAGAGCUCACUGUUGUUUCUUAGGACAAGUCAUGCACAGAGCUCUUCUCGAUACAGAAGCUGAAGAUAUAUAUUUGCAAUACAGAGCUAUUUGUGAUUAUAUCCUUGAAUUUCAAACACAUGUCAACUACUUUUUGAAAGCAAUUGACUCUGAAAUAAGUGCCAGAAAUAAGUAUGAAAGCAAUCAAGAAAUGUGUGCUAAAGUUGGCGAUUGGGGUAUUGUUGACGUCGAAGACAAGGAUGAAGAGAAACGUAGAGAUCAGUUUGAAAUGGACACCAUUCCCAAAACGGUUGCCUGGAUGAACUAUGUCACUGAUAACUAUAGAGAUAACGUUCACAAAUUUCUUGUUAUGUUAGCCGAUCAUCCGGAUCGGGAACUCCAAGAAUUAAGUGCAAGACUUGAUUUUAAUGGACAUUAUCGCCGUAGAGAUAAACGUCUUGAAACAUCUUUCACAUUUGCAUCACAUAAACAAAGAUUAUCCAUCGAUACGACAUCCAAAUCACAAUAAACACCAAUUAUCAUAAUUUUUGAUUGCAUCCACUUUUACU